AUGUUAUUUUCUCUGCUUUUCCUCUCCACUAUUGCUGUGGCUUGCUGUUCACUUGCUAGGGGUGCUUUGUAUACGGAUCCAAGCGCUCUUCCACAAACGACCUAUGACUUCGUGAUCGUAGGAGGAGGCACCGCAGGAAACGUCCUAGCCAAUAGGCUCUCUGAGAUUCUUUCGUUCUCCGUACUCGUCAUAGAGGCCGGCCCUUCCCAGACAGCAGUCUUCGCAGAUGAAGUGCCGUUCCUCGACAUGACUUUGACUCCCGAUACUUCUAUUACGUGGAACUACACUACCACUGAACAAUCCAACUUAGACAACAGAAUAAUUACAUACCCUCGAGGCCGUGUCCUGGGUGGAUCCAGCGUAGUUAAUUUACUUGUAUGGACAAGAGGGUCAGAGGAUGAUUAUAAUCGGCUAGCUGCUGCUACUGGGGAAUCAGGUUGGGGCUGGAAUAGCAUGCUUGACUACAUGAUGAAGAGUGAAGACCUUGUCCCUCCGAGCGAUCAUAUGGACACCGCCGGGAAAGUGGACUCGUCUGUGCAUGGUACGAACGGACCAAUCCACAUCAGCCUUGAGGGGUAUCCGGUGAACAUCGAUCAGAGGAUCAUCGGCAUGACAAACCUGACCCCACCCGUGUUUGACUACGUCGAAGAUAUGAAUGCCGGUUUCCCAAUCGGUCUAGGUUGGUCACAGAGCGCAAUCGGUACUAACGGACAUCGAAGUGACUCUGCAACUGGGUAUCUGGAUCCUGUGCUUUCGCGAUCGAACCUCGACGUCCUGGUUGAGACUACUGUGACGAAGUUAAUAUCUAAUGGAACACAGGAUGAUGAGCCCGUGUUUACGACAAUCCAGAUGGCACAGAGUUCGACGAGUCAGAUCUACACCGUCCAUGCCAGCAAGGAAAUCAUCCUGUCUGCCGGCUCUAUCAAUACUCCACAGCUCAUGAUGCUCAGCGGAAUAGGAGAUUCCGCCACUUUAAAGUCGCUCGCGAUUGAAUCCAUCGUUCACUCCCCGGGCGUUGGCCAGAAUCUGAUCGACCACCCGCUUAUCACAAACAACUGGCUCGUAAACUCCACGAACACUAAUGACGAGUACGCUCGUAACGCAACUCUCGCAGCGGAGGCGCUUGCCCAGUGGAACGCGACUGGAACUGGCCCUUUCGUGGACAAUAACGCGGAGCAAAUUGGAUGGGCCAGAGUGCCUGAGAGUAUCUUCCAGCAGUACGGUGACCCGUCCGCCGGUCAGAACUCGCCUAACCUAGAAUUCAUCAUUGCUAACGCAUGGGCAUCCUGGACUCAGCCCCGACCUGCUACCGGCAAUUAUCUCACCGUCCUCACAGUUGUAGUAUCCCCCGGAUCCCGCGGCGCCGUGACUCUCGCCUCCAAUAGUAUCUGGGACAUGCCGUUAAUAGAUCCCGGCUACUUUUCUGACCCUUUCGACAUUGCCGCAAUGGUGCACGCGAUCAACAUGUCGAAGACCUUCGUACAGGGCCCGACGUGGGAGGGAUAUGUCAUCGGACCCGUCCCUGAACUCGCUGCAGCGCAGACGUACGAGGAGCUCGAGGCCUAUGCUCGGAAUCAGGUCACCACGAUCUGGCAUCCAGUUGGCACCGCCCGCAUGCCAGCUAAUUCAAGUGAUGUGGAAGCCGUAGUCACUUCUGAGCUUCUCGUGAAGGGCGCCUCGGGUUUGCGCGUCGUUGACGCCUCGGUGUUUCCUUACAUCCCGGCGGCCCAUCCUCAGGCGCCUUUAUAUGCUCUCGCAGAGAGAGCUGCUGAUCUGAUCAAGGCUGCGUGGGGCGUUUGA